AUGGGCGCGUCGAAAGCCUCUUCCUCCGCUGCGGCGGCGGCGCAGUUCGCGACACUCGCACCGCGUAUAAAGAACAUCUCAGAGGCCACGAUCCGCAAGAAAUGGAAGCCAUUGCCGGCGGGGUCUCAAGACAAAGUCCGCCAAAUUCUGUUCAAUCUCAAGACGAAGAGGGCCGGUGCCAGCAGUUCCCGAAGAAUUGCGACUGUCGGCAGCAUGAGGCAGGCACGGGCAAAGAGACCUGGUUCCAAUACCCAAGUGCGAGAGGAGGAGUACGAAAAGGCAGUUGAAGAGGUUGCGGAUAGACUCCUCUCCCGUCUUCCGCGCAUGCCAUUCCCUCCAACAGGCGCGAGCAGCAAGGCUGACGAGUCCCCGUUCGACCUUUUUGCAGCGCUCCACCGCAUUUCGGCCCUACAAGCCCAAUUGACAGUGAACAGGCAGUCGGCGCAUCUCCUGCGCAUGCAGAUCAGACGCGAGCAACAAGCCCUGCGGCGCGACAAGGCAGAGCUGGCUGGGCUCCAAGAUGCUGUGAAACGUAGCCAGAGGUUACGCCGGAAAAGAGAGACGGGACUCCAUCCGCUGGCACGGACGGCGAAGCAGGGACAUGAUCACGAUGAGAUCGAGAGGCCGAACUCCGUCACUGGUAUAGCUGUCCGUGGUGCUACCAGUACGGGGCCUGACUAUGACGUCGGUGUCUCUACAUCGGCCUCAGGGUCAGCGUUGACUAUAGAUGAGGAAGACGAGCCGGAGCUGGGGCCGCUGCUGAAGCAAUUGCGCAGUCAUCUCCACAGCAUGCGGAACAACACCGCAAGUCUGAAUCCGGUAUUGGCUGCCAUGGACGAGGCAAAAUGUGCCUUGGACCGGUUCGCUGUCACUUCAUUCGACCGAGAGACACUGAUGCGUCUCUCUGGGAUUGUGAGUUGA